AUGAGCACAUAUGCCGACUACUUCAAUGAGCACUACCAAGGCGAUGUGCCUUCGGGGCCUGUGCGUAUGAUUAUAUCCAGGAAUGAAAAAUCAGCAGGUGAUAUGGAUUCUGACAGUGUUGAAGCCGAAUCUUGCACCGUCGAAGAGCUCAUGGAUCAAGAAGUGCCUCAACCUGCACAGCAAAAACCUGCUGAAUCGUUGCCAGGAUCUGAGUUACGCCUAGAUUGGAUUCCCUCAAGCAGUGCCGUAUGGGUGCUCGACACCAAUGUACUGCUACACACACUAGAGCACAUCCAAGCUUUGUGCAAGGCGCAACUACAUGAGCUCUCGCACAAUCUAGUUUCUUUUCCGCGCAUAUACCUGGUUGUACCCUUUGUGGUACUGGAAGAAUUAGAUCAUCUGAAGCUGACAAACAAGCAAGACAACGGUACCCACAUCGCAGCCUCUUCCCGUUCUGCAAGCCACUGGAUCCUCUCGACUGUGCAGUCACAAAAGUAUAUGCGGACGAUAUCUCAAGAUGCAUUGCAUCCUCACCGCUGGGUUCUACAUGUUCAAACCAUGUUAUCCGUACCUUCGCGGGAUCUGACGAAUGACCUAACUAUAGUGGCCCUUUGCGCGGAACUACUCCGAUCCUGCCAAGCUCAGGUCAUGCUCAUAUCAGAUGAUACCAACGCAAGGACCCACGCUGAAAUUAUGAACAUUGCAUCCAUAUCGCUGCCUCGAGUUCUCCAGAAUAUACGCAAAGCCGCUGGAUCAUCAUCUCUCCAUAAUGAAGUUCAGCAGCUUUUUUUCCUCUCUCUACCAGAAAAUAGGCACUUGCUCACCCAGUCUUGA